CCGAGCGCUGGGAGGGUAGCGGGACUUCAGUGCUGGGCGCCGCUCCGGGGCUGGUCAUGAACGGGCCGGCGGACGGCGAAGUGGACUACAAGAAGAAGUACCGGAACCUGAAGCGGAAGCUCAAGUUCCUCAUCUACGAACACGAGUGCUUCCAGGAGGAACUGAGGAAGGCACAGAGGAAACUGCUGAAGGUGUCCCGGGACAAGAGUUUCCUCCUAGACCGGCUCCUGCAGUACGAGAACGUGGAUGAAGACUCUUCGGACUCAGAUGCCACUGCAUCUUCAGAUAACAGUGAGACAGAGGGGACACCCAAGUUGUCGGACACGCCAGCCCCCAAGAGGAAAAGAAGCCCUCCGAUGGGGGGUGCCCCCUCUCCCUCCAGCCUCUCUCUGCCUCCUUCAGCAGGGUUUCCCCUUCAGGCCUCCGGGGCCCCCUCCCCAUACCUGAGCUCGCUGGCUUCCCCCCCCUACCCCCCAUUCCCUUCUGACUACCUGGCCCUGCAGCUGCCCGAGCCCAGCCCCCUGAGGCCCAAGCGGGAGAAACGGCCCCGCCUGCCCCGGAAACUCAAGAUGGCGGUGGGACCCCCUGACUGCCCUGUGGGAGGGCCGCUGACCUUCCCCAGCCGGGGUUCUGGGGCUGGGGUGGGGGCAGCCCUGGCCCCACUGCCUCCCACUAAGAUGCCCCCCCCUACGAUCCUGAGUGCAGUCCCUCGGCAGAUGUUCAGCGAUGCAGGCAGCGGGGAUGAUGCCCUGGAUGGAGAUGAUGACCUGGUGAUCGACAUCCCGGAGUGACCCCCUCUGCCCGAGCCCCUGUCCAGCCCCCUGUGCCAGCACAUGAGCCCCAGCUUCCACAGAGACAUUUAUUGACGCCCAGUUGCCAUGCUGCGGCCACUGACACAAUCAGAAGAGGCGUAAACAUGCACAAACGUCCCCUGGAAGGAGGGCCCCUCACCAGGGAGGGCAGGAGGCUGCCCUCGCAUCCUGGCCCCAUCCUGGGGACAGUGGUUUAAAUGAGUGGCUGGGAACAUCUGCCACCCCUCGGAGAGGCCGGGACCCUGCGGUGCCUCCCCGCUUCCAUUUAAAAGGGCAGCUGUACAGGGCUAGAUGUGUUGUUUUCAAACGAAGAUUCUGUAGUAAAGGAGUGGCUCUUUUUUGGGUUUUGUCCUUUUCUUUUCUGGAAUCUUCUCUUUCGAACCCCCCCUAAUCCGACCUCCUCCCUGUGGUGGAGGGGACGGGCAGCCUGGAGAGGCAAGAGAGAAGCAGCAGCUGGGGCCUUGGGGCAGGGGCCCUGGCAGGACUCCCCCUGCAGGUGUGCACAGGAUGGGUGGUUUGCAUAUUUGCAUGUAGUAGCGAGUCAGGCAGGAGGAAGUUUGCAUAUGUGAAUACAGAUCUCCACAGUCCCUCACAAGAAGACAGACCCACAGUCACAGAGAUUCUCACGAAAUAAGACAGGUAGUGCAGGGCGGGCGGGGCAUCCACCCCGUGUAAACGUGCAACACACUCGUGCGAAGGUUGGGUGCUGGACCCAGCCCUGAGGGGCCUGUGCUGGGCAGCUGCUCGCCAAGCUCAGGCUGAGGGCAGAGCCCCGGCUGCAGGGGGCAGCUCGCUGGUCAGGGUGUGCCAGCGCUCCAGGGCUGUGUCUGGCCGCUGCAGACAGUCGUUCCAGUGCUUCCGGGCCUCUCCCCGGGCACCAGGUCCCAGGGACACGCCCCCUGGGGAGCAGGAGAGGCAAAAUCAGGGCCUGCUCGCUGCCAGUCUGCCCUCCCUCAGCACCACCCAGCGGGCUCCUCCCUCACCAAUGAAGUCGUUGGAUUUGCCAAUGUCAUAGUCCCAGACUGUGACUUCCAGAGUCUUGGUGGCCAGAGCGGAGAGUUCCAUCUCAUAGAAAAACUCCUGGGACAGGGCAAGCCACACCUUCCAUGAGGCAUUGCCCCACCCCCUGCCAGGCCCCGCCCCCUCCCCUUGUGAUCUCUGGUCCCUUCCCCAUUUACCUCAUUAAAUUCUGGGUUGAGAGUC